AUGUUUGAAACUGAAAGAACUUCAUGUAGUCAAGAGGUUGACGAAGGAGAAGAUGGCGGAGAUGAACUUGGAAACAGCGAUAGCUCAGACUCGGAAAUAGACGAAGAAGAUAAAUGGCAAUGUGAAGCCUGCUCGGAAAGAAAUCACCCGAUGACUCGACGCUGUCGACGUUGCUGGUCUAAGAGAAAGGAUUGGUUUGCUUCCACUUUGGAAAGAACUUAUUCAGAUCCUGGUCAAACUCGUCGCGAAAAUGUUCGAAUAGAUCAGGCAAAUGUGUUACACUCAGUGUGUACAACUUCGUCAACCAGCCAGUUGAAUACGGUUGUUCCACCAUCAACAAACCAUACUCCCCCCGUCUCCACGACUGUGGCCAAUGAAACUGCCUCGGACUCAACUGAUGGCCAUGAUCGAAUGAGGUGUUUCCUUUGCUACAAGGAACCGCCCAAUGGCUGUAUCGUUCAUGGUAUGACCGGCCAUCAGGUAUGCUGCGUUGCAUGUGCUCGGAAACUGAAGGAGUCUAAUAAACCCUGCCCUGUGUGUCGCAAAAAGAUUGAUAAAGUUAUAAAGAAUUAUAUGUAACUGGGAAUUGUUUAAUUAUUGCGCUGU